GAGAUGUGCAUCACCAGGCCUGAUCGAGAGAACGGGUUAACCUGGCCCACCAACAUCUUGCAGGUGUUGGCAGUGUUUAUCCUGGUUACGUUCACUGUGGUUCACUUUGUCUUGGUACUACAAUACACCUACGGAGUAUUCUUCUAUCUUAUGAUGAUAACAUCGACAAUAUUCUGUGCAGCCACUGUCAUCAGUAAAACGGUCUGCACUCUGUCCAAUCCAGCUGACAGAAGUCUCAUUAAAGAUCCCAAAUCAACUUACGGUAAAGAGAAGCCGCUGUUUGACAGAGCAAAGCAAGGUCACGUGAUUAACACGGACAACUACUGUCAGAUUUGUACCACAACAGUAGACGUGUCCAGCAGACACUGUUCACAGUGCCAGAAGUGUAUUCUGAGGUUUGACCACCACUGUGAUUACAUUAACAACUGUGUGGGUCGUCGGAACUACAAGUACUACAUAACCUUACUGAUGUCUGCCUCAAUCUACAGUCUCAUAGUUUUCACCAAUAUUCUCUACAUCAUUUACCACUUCUGCUUCAUGGAGACGCAGUUCUUCAAAAUUCUAGGUCGUGACCAUCCUACGAUAUUUGGUUACAAAGUCUCCAGUGCUACAAUAAUAUCGCUUCUAGUCAUCUUUUUAGUGCUAGCUGUUAUUGCCUUCAUCUGGUCUCAAAUCUCUGCAGACUUCAUCUUUAUCUUAUUUGGCACGGCUGGACAACGUGGGAUUAUUAUGUUAGACCCAAAGCUGAGCGGGAACAGCAUUCCUAUUGGAAAUACGAGGCGGAACGAGAUGGUAGAGUAGAAUUCUCGGUAACAGAGGUGUCAACCGCUCCCACUUCAACCACAGACCUCGAACUAAAGACCAACUCCGGGCGGAAACUGUCUGAGAAAUUGUGCAAAGUUUUGCAGCCGGACAACAAAACAAGUCCGAUGCCACCGCAUACUGUCUAGUUUGCAACUAUAAUAUACAACCAAACUAGGAUUUUAAUGAGUGUUUUGUUUCAGUUGUGUUAAAUGAUCAUAUUAUGUUUUUUGUGGUUUUUCGGGUAAAUCAUGAUACACUUUUAAGGUAAUUUCGAAACUAUACAUAUUUUUGAUUAUUAUAGCUGGAUAUUAAACUAUUAUAAUUAUUAAAAACUGCAGUCGUACUUGACUCUCAAUGAAUUUCGAGCUAAAAUUCCAGAUUAGAAUGAUUAUUAUUAAAUUUA